AUUCUACGGUCUCCAUGAGGACUUCCCGUGUAUAGCAGUAGUUGGUCUAGGGAGGAACUCUCUGGGUGUGUGUGGAACAGAGUACUGGGACACCUGUAAGGAGAACAUCAGGGCUGCUAUAGCAGGAGGCUGUCGGGUUCUCCAGAACCAUGUGUUGACCCAUAUCGAGGUGGACGGAUGUAAUGACAGCCAGUCAGCAGCAGAGGGAGCUGUUCUUGGGCUGUUUACUUACGAUGACCUGAAAACCAAGAAGAAGACCAAAGUCACCACACAGCUGCAUGGCAGUGGAUGUGUGUCUGGCUGGGAGAAGGGCGUGUUGUACGGAGAGGGGCAGAACCUGGCCCGUUACCUGAUGGAAGCUCCAGCCAAUCAUGUCACUCCGUCAGUCUUCGCUGACACCAUCACAAACAGACUGGCUCCCUACGCCGACCACGUCACCGUCCAUAAGAGGUCUCAAGAGUGGAUAGAGGAGCAGCAGAUGGGAGCGUUCCUCAGUGUUUCUAAAGGCUCAGAGGAACCGCCUGUCUUCCUGGAGCUACACUACAACGGUUGUCCUGACAACGCACAGUGUCCUCUCCUGCUGGUGGGCAAGGGCAUCACCUUUGACAGUGGUGGGAUCAGUCUAAAGCCUCCAUCAGGUAUGGACGCGAUGAGGGCUGAUAUGGGAGGAGCCGCCACGGUGUGUUCCGCCAUCGUCACGGCAGCAGCCCUCAACCUGCCAAUCAACAUCAUAGGUCUCGCACCUCUCUGUGAGAACAUGCCCAGUGGGAAAGCCAACAAGCCUGGAGAUGUCGUCACCGCCAAGAACGGCAAAACCAUACAGGUGGACAACACGGACGCAGAGGGACGGUUGAUCCUAGCAGAUGCUCUCUGUUACGCUCACAGCUUCAACCCCAGGGCCAUCGUCAACGCUGCUACCCUCACUGGAGCGAUGGAUGUUGCUCUGGGUUCAGCAGCGACAGGAGUCUUCACCAACUCUGACUGGCUCUGGGAACAGCUUCACAAGGCCAGUGUGGUGACAGGAGACAGGGUGUGGAGGAUGCCGUUGUUUCAACAUUACACCAGACAGGUCACUGACUGCCAGCUGGCCGACCUCAACAACGUCGGCAAGUACAGCCGUUCUGGCGGAGCCUGCACGGCGGCAGCGUUUCUGAGGGAGUUUGUGACGGCCCCUCAUUGGGCGCACCUGGACAUCGCCGGGGUGAUGACCAAUAAGGACGAGGUUCCCUACCUGAAGAAAGGAAUGUCUGGGAGACCGACACGAACACUGGUAGAGUUCGCUGCUGGACUGGCCAACCAAGCCUGAAGACACACACCACACCUACACACACUGAGCUGGCUGGAGAAGGAUUAUUCUGUAGAGACACUGGUACUGUGUCGAGUCAAAGACUGCUUCCCAAAUAGCACCUUAUUCCCUCCCCAUAGGAGUCUGGUCUAAAGUAGUGAACUAUAUAGGGAAUAGGAUGCUAUUUGGGAUGUAUCCUGAGUCAUCUGGUAGUAGCCUGCUGUGCAUCGAGAGGGUUGAAGAGGACAUUUCCACCCCUGUGCCCCAGCACAUGUAGCUAAUUCCCUCUCUAGCCUAGUUUAUAGCCUACAUUCAUUGAGAAACUGAAUUUAUGUAAAUUGACAAAGUAUAUCGUAUCCUACCCUUACAAAAAACAGUUUGCAGUCAGAGUGCAGUGUAACUGCAUCCAAAAUAAGUAAUGUUUUAACUGCAGUUAUUCUGUAUUCACUGCUUCCAAAAUACCACAGUCGACUUUUGCGUAGCGACACUACGCAGCCCUUCAAUUUAUAACUGGAAGAACGCAGGAUGGCCUUUUUGCGUAGCGACACUACGCAGCCCUUCAAUUUAUAACUGGAAGAACGCAGGAUGGCCUUUUUGCGUAGCGACACUACGCAGCCCUUCAAUUUAUAACUGGAAGAACGCAGGAUGGCCUUUUUGCGUAGCGUUCUCGCGUUGCAUACGUAGGGUAAAAACCAGGCUUCAGUGACAGUCAGUUAACCAAACUCUUCUGUCCAGUAGUUGUGGGAGAAACUAAUGCUAAAGUUGGUAUGCACUUCUGCGCACAAAAACGGUCAUAUUAUUAUUGCCAUGUCAUUUAAAUAAAACACCAAUAAAAACCAUUUUGGGGGGGA